CCCUCCUCGCCCCCCUCCCACGCCCAGUCUCCCCAGAACCUCCGCCAGCCUCCCAGGAUGGGGAUCAAGGUCUACAUUGCCUCUUCCUCCGGAUCUACGGCGAUUAAGAAACAACAGCAAGAUGUGCUUGGCUUCUUGGAAGCCAACAAGAUUGAGUUUGAGGAGAAAGACAUAGCGGCCAAUGAAGAGAACCGCAAGUGGAUGCGGGAAAACGUCCCCGAAGAGAGCCGUCCAGCCACCGGGAAUCCCUUGCCGCCGCGGAUCUUCAAUGACAGCCGGUAUCUUGGGGAUUACGAAGCUUUCUUCGAAGCAAGAGAGAAUAACGCCGUAUAUGCUUUCCUAGGUUUGACUGCCCCACCGGGUUCCAAGGAGGCAGAAGCCCUGGCCAAGCAAGAAGCCUGAGUGGCCUUCCAUUCCUAAAGCCUUAAGUAUUCUCCAAAGGGAAAUAUCUUCAGCUUUUGAUACAAUAGCAACCUUGUCUACGCUUCGAGAGAGAGAGAAAAAGAUGUUGUUGUUUCUGAUUGCUCUGCACAGCUCUGAAUACAAGAUGAUGGAGCGCCAAGCAAAACAUGCCAUUGAAAACAGCAAAUGUCAUUAAAUGGAUUCCGAAA